CGACAUCUUCUUCUUCUAUCUUCGUGGGCGCCCGCCGAUGACGUCACGCACCUCUCCUCAACCUUCGUUGCCGGAGGUCUCGAGGAAGUCCAUUGGUCCUGGCCGCUGUCGCUCAAAGUUUUCCUCCUGCGUUAAAAGCUAAAGACGAAAACGCAUCAUGGAAAUUAAAGGGCUAAUUGACAAAAUGAUGAGAAGCGAAGCCGUAUUAUCUGAUGUGCAAGAAGUCGUCGAGAAGCUGUUCGGCGAUAUAGGAAAAGUGAACAAAGAAAGUAUAAAUGAGAGCGAGAAAGCCCAGAUUGAAGAAAGUGUAGUCAGUUUAUGGAACUGGACCGUAGCCAGAAAAGCUGGCCCUGCCAUCAGUGAUCUGCAAAAAGUAAAGCUGCGACACGUUGCCUGCAGAAUGAUGCUGGUUUGCGAAGUAAAUGAUCCGCCGGAGGAGAUGGCGCGGAGGCAGAUUCUGAUGGCCAUGAAGACUGGGAAAGGAUGGGUGGAUGUUGGAGAGCCUGCCCUUGCCAACGAACUGCUUGAGAUUGCCAUGAAUACUCUGGAGAAACUGUAUGCCCAGCUAACCAAGAGGAGCGUGAGCGAGGCCGAUAUUCAUGCGCACAAAGCCGAUGUAGAGAAGGAUGUAUUCAAAGUUCUCUCUUAUCAGGCUGAAUCGGCAAUUGCUGAAGGGGAUUUUCAGAAGGCAGUCGCCUGUGUUCAGCGCUGCAAAGACAUCCUGAUGAGGCUGCCGAAAGAGGCCUGUUACCUUUCCCUUCUGUGCUAUAACUUUGGCGUAGAAACGUAUGAAAUGAAGAAAUAUGAACAGAGCUCCUUCUGGCUCAGCCAGAGCUAUGAAAUUGGGAAGAUGGAUAUGAAAUAUUCAACUGGAAAAGAAAUGCAGGCUAAAGUGCUGCGGUUGCUAGCUACUGUCUACCUGGAGUGGGACAACCAGCAAUACCAAGACAAAGCUCUCAGGGCUGUCGCAAUGGCUAAUAAGGAGAAUUUGCAUCCAGCGGGUUCUUUACUGAAAAUUAAAAUUCUCCUGAAAGGUGGCAGCGCAUCGGAUGAAGACGUUGGCGCAGCUGUCACCGAACUCCUACAUCACAAGUUUUCUCUGGAUAUUUACCUGGACACAGCAAAGCUGCUUCUGGAACAUGAGAGGGAGGCCAUUGGCUUUGACUUUCUGAAGUCAGUCGCUCGGCUGUUUGAAGACUCCCCAGACGUUGGCAAAGUCAUCCUCCUUCACGUCAAGCUCCUGUUACAGAGAAUGAAGGAACCGCUUGCCAAAAAGAUGAUUGAAGACAUCCUUGCAGGACACAACCUAGGAAAACAGCUGCCUUCUGAAACACUGAACCACUUGCACCUUGUUCUGUGGGACAAAGCUGCCAAGAACUACGAGGCAAAAAGCUAUUCUGAAGCUCUUAAAUGGUACAACUAUUCGCUCGGCUUCUACUCCUCUGGGCAAGUAGACUACCAGAAUCUGGCAAAGCUGCACAGAAAUAUGGCUGCUUGCUAUCUUCACCUGAAAGAGCAUGACAAGGCUCACAAGGCAGUAAAAGAGGCAGAGAAUUAUGAUCCAAACAGCAUCUUCACUCAGUUUUAUGUCUAUAAAAUAGCAGUCUUAGAGCACAAUACCCAAAAAGCUUUGGAUGCUUUUGUUAAAAUGGAGAAAUCCGCAGCGGAGCCAACACACCACAAAGAUAUGCUGUUAACAGAUGGAUCUAUGACUGCCAACCUUAUCAGCUUAGCUGCCCAGUUUGCUUUGGAGAAUGACCAGCAGUCUGUGGCAAUUGAAGCCUUGGGGUAUUUGUCUCUGCACCUGCAAGACUGCCAGCAAGCAUUUACAGCUUUAAAAUGUUUGAUUCGACUUGUCUUGUCCAAAGCUGCAGUGAAAUCUGAAGAGGAAACAAACAUGGAGAACCUUCUAAGACACUUGACUGCAGCUUACCAAAGACUUGAUAGGAUAUUCAAAGAGGAGAAUGAGACGCUGGAAACGAGAGUCAGCGAAGCUCAGUGGUUCAGGAAGAUAGCUUGGAACCUGGCUGUCCAGUGUGAGCAUUGCCCAAGGAUAAUGAGAGAGUUCUUUGUAAUGUCUUUCAAGUUCUCCCAGCUUUGCCCCUCGGAUAAAGCCAUCCUUCUUGCCCAGAGGACCUGCCUGCUCAUGGCUGCCGCUGUGGAUCUGAACAUCGGAAGGAAGGGUCUGCUGCCAGCUGAUCAGCAGAUUCAGUUGCUGACUCAGGCCCUUGAACGCAUCCAGUCAUGCAGGGAAAUCUGGAAGUCCCUGAAGCAAACAGGUGAGUUUCCCAAGGAUCCAACAGACACGAUACUGCUGCUUUAUGAAUUUGAAGCCAGAGCCAAGCUGAAUGACCCAACAGUGUCCAGCCUGCUGGAUCAGGUGUGGGAGCUGUCACAACUGGAUAUUAAGACUCUGGAAACUAUGGCAUCACUGGCCAUGGAGCCCCCUGCUCACUACCCUUCGGUGUGUAAGAAGGCCCUCAAGAUGGUGUUGACUCUCCUCAGACAACACAAAACCAUCGACACAGUCACAUUCAGCAAAUGUCUACACAGCUUGGUCCACCUUUCUCUGCCAUCUGGAAUGAUCGAGGCAGAUGCAUGCGCGCUGGAGGAGGCAUGGGGCUAUUUUGAAGACGCUUUGAGCAUUUUGGGCAGCAGCACAGUGCAUCAGGCCGACUACCCAGAGGUGGAAAUCCUCUGGCUCAUGACUAGAGCUUGGAACACAGGGAUUUACCAGUACUGUGCUGGCAGGUACCGAGAAGCCGAACAGUGGUGCGGCCUGGGCAUGCGCUUCCUGGCUUACCUUGGGCCUCUGAAGAGCAACUACGAGAACCAGAUGAUCGGCCUCUACAGCGAAGUGCUGGACAAGCUGGACAAAGCAAAGGGAUUCCCUCCCAACGAAGAGUGACAUCAGCCAAAGCUACGACAAACCUAUCCCUCUCGUGCCAAGUGCCCUAAGCGACCAGUACUGUCGGACAUCAUUGCCAAGAUUUAGGUCACGUGGGGUAAUGAUCCCAACCAUGGGCAACUUGUUUUAUAGAAGCAGGUGUGUACUUUUUGUGUCCUUGUGUUAGACCCACUGGUGUUUUACAAGUCGAAUUAUAAAACAAUUCAAGACUUCAUGC